AUGAGUCUAACUGACAGGCAGUGUGACAGAGAGGUACUGCAGACAGACAGAGCAGCAGACGACGCAGAGGAGUGGAGCGAUGUGAUGCCUUUUGGCAGAGCUGACCCCAUUCCACGUGUCAGGCCCCCUCCCCUCGGCUGCCCCUGUGGGGAGGCCCAAGCUGUGGAUCGGGCUGGCUUCUCCGAGAAAAAUGAGUUUCGGGGCGAGCUGGUGAACCAGCGGUGGACACGAGGCGAGAGGACCAGCAGCCGCUGUCAGGCCUCCCAGAGACUGCAGAGCCGUCGACCAAUCAUGACUCGCAGCGGACUGAGGACAAUGAAACGGACCGAGGAUUUGAGCUGCCCUACCCCUGGAUGCAAUGGCUCUGGCCAUAUCAGUGGGAGAUACUCACGACACAGAAGCGUUCUAGGUUGCCCCAUAGCCAGAAAGCGCCGUCUGGAGGAAGCAGAGGCUGAGCAGGAGCAAGACCAGGAUACAGAGCAGCCUGCCUCUAAGAGGAAGGCCCACCCCCUGAAACUGGCCCUGGAUGAGGGCUUCAGCAUGGAGAGCGACGCCAGCAGUGAGGCUGAGGGUGAGGGAGAGAAGGAUGAGGAGAAAGCAGGUGAGAGCAAGCAGGCGGAGGAGGAGAGAGAGGAGAUGACAGAAGACCUGACGCAAGACGGGCAGAGAAAUGAACGGAAGGAGGAGACACAGAAGGAGGAGGAAGAGGAGAGGGAAGAGACAUAUCAGAAGGAGGAGAGCACAUUUGCAGCUGAUGAAGGUAGGUUAAUAAUCAUUGAGCCUGAGCUCAGAGCAGCGCCACCUGCAGCCGAGUGUCAGUCUCCCUCUCAUAGCAACGAAGAGGUGGCCAACUCUCUCCUCCACCUCGGGCGAGUCUCAGACAACAAUACUCCAACUGUGGCCACUCAGCAGCCUGUUGCUAUGGAGACUGAGGAGGAUGUCACCGUAGCAGCCAAGCAGGGUAAAGAAGUAAAGGACAAGCAGGAGGGGGACGUGAAUGAGAGGGAAGAGGAAGAGGAGGAUCCAGAGAGCAGUAGGCCAGAGAAGAGGGAGAUCAAGUGUCCCACCCCGGGGUGUGAUGGGACGGGUCACGUGACCGGUCUUUACCCCCACCACCGCAGCCUGUCAGGCUGUCCGCACAAGGACAGGAUCCCCCCGGAGAUUCUGGCCAUGCAUGAGAAUGUGCUGAAGUGUCCAACUCCUGGCUGCACCGGUCAGGGCCAUGUUAACAGCAACCGUAACACACACCGAAGUCUGUCUGGAUGCCCCAUUGCUGCUGCAGAGAAGCUGUCCAAGGGCCAUGAUAAGCAGCAUCUCUCUCAGCCAGGCACAGAGCACCUCAAAGGUUGUCACAACGACAGGGUGUUAAGGAGAGCUUUUCCUCUUUCCUAUCCCCCGCCUCAACCUGCCUCUCCUGGUCUUCCUGAUCGCACAGCUAAGCCCUCAUUCCCCAAGUCAUCGUCACCUAGCCUCAGUCUUCACGGUUACGGGAAGAGCUCCUCCUUGGCCUACGACUACUCCCAUGAUGCAGAGGCCGCUCACAUGGCUGCCACUGCCAUCUUGAACCUAUCUACACGCUGCUGGGAGAAACCUGAGAACCUCAGCACUAAACCCCAAAACAAGGAAAUGGACAUUGAGGUGGAUGAGAACGGCACCCUGGACCUGAGUAUGAAGAAGCCCAUUAAACGUGAGGACAGUCUGUCCGGCACCAGCCCAGGGGUUCGUUCCCCAGACCCUUCUUCCUCCUCCUCUUCCUCGCUCCAUCAUGGUGGAAGCAGCGGGAUGACGUCACCGAACCUACACACCUACAAACAGGAGGAGUGGGAGGGACCUCUGGAUUACACUAAACCCAACCGCCAAAGGGAGGAGGAAAUGGACGAGAUGGAGCACACAGGACAGUCGUUCGUCUCGUCUGACCCGGAGGACUGUGACAUGAUGCAGGACUGUCUGGAGGAGAGGAAGUACCCAGGAGAGGUUACAACCCCAAGCUUCAAGGUCAAGUUCCAGCCCAAGGACAGCAAGAAGGAGCUGCUCUCGUGCCCUACACCUGGCUGUGAUGGCAGUGGUCAUAUCACUGGAAACUAUGCGUCCCAUCGCAGUCUGUCUGGGUGUCCUCUUGCUGAUAAGAGCCUUCGGUCCCUCAUGGCGGCCCACACCCCUGAACUCAAAUGCCCCACUCCAGGAUGUGAUGGCUCAGGUCACAUCACAGGAAACUACGCCUCCCACAGAAGUCUCUCUGGGUGCCCGCGUGCCAAGAAAAGUGGAAUUAAAACUCCUACCAAGGACAACCAGGAGGACUCCGAGCUUUUAAAAUGCCCGGUGCCGGGCUGCGACAGCCUGGGUCACAUCAGUGGGAAGUAUGCCACACACCGUAGUGCCUACGGGUGUCCACUAGCAGCCCGCAGACAGAAGGAGGGUCUCCUGAAUGGCACACCCUUCAACUGGAAGGCCUUCAAGACAGAGGGGCCUACUUGUCCCACCCCAGGUUGUGAUGGCUCCGGACACGCCAACGGAAGCUUUCUCACACACCGCAG